AGGCUUCCUUUAUCUUUUUCAAUUCUCUCUCUCUCUCUCUCUCUCUCUCUCCAUGCAUAAGCCUACCCUCCCUUUUUCCUCAAACACUUCUGUAUCAGAAGCUUAAUGGCGAAGUAACUCCAAAAUUCUCUUCCGUAGACAGAAAAUCUCCCUCCCUCUCUCUCUCUCUCUCUCUCUCUCUCUUUCUGACUCUCUCUCUGCAUCUGCAAGUCCUCCAGUAUUAUUCUGGUGAGUCAUUUCUCCAUUAACAGCAAACAAAGGAGGAGAAAGGAAGAGGAAGAAAAAAGAAGGGAAAGGAAAGAAAAAGAGAAAGAGAAAAGAGAAACAACAACGAUGGUUUUUACUGGAAUUCCAGUUUAUUUAGAUCCACCCAAUUGGCAGCAGGAUCAUCCGCGAGCAGGCAGUGGUGGUGGCGGCGGUGCAGCUGCGGGUGGAGUAGGUGGUGCUCCUGGUGCUGGCGGUGGUGGUACUGUCACCGGAUCGUCGGCUGACAAUCCUCCGAUGCCGAUCCUUCAUCCGCUGCCUUCAGAGAUGAUGCCGACAAGCACAGCUGCUAGUUCGGGAGGUUCCGCGAGGCCGAUACUUAUGGCGGAACGAGCCCGACUUGCAAAAGUUCAGCCACCGGAUAUUGCCCUCAAAUGCCCUCGCUGCGAAUCCACAAACACCAAAUUCUGCUACUACAAUAAUUAUAGCCUCUCUCAGCCACGCCACUUCUGCAAAACUUGCCGCCGAUACUGGACCAAAGGUGGCGCCCUGAGGAACGUUCCGGUUGGCGGCGGGUGCCGGAGGAACAAGAGGAACAAGAACAGCAGCAGCAACAACAGCAACAGCAACAACAGCAGCCGGUCUCAAGCUCUCGAGACUGGCAGCGCUGGCAGCUCCGGCGGUGCAACGGUGAUGUCCUCCGGCAACUGCACCGGCGAGAUAUUUGGGCUUGAUCACAACCCAGCUCCACCGUCCGUGCUUUCUUUCCUUCCCACCCUUCACGGCUUUUCGGACUACGGCAGUACUGGAACUGACAUCGGUUUAGCCUUCCCCAGUCGGGAUCUGGUAACUUCCGGUGCCGGAAACUCACUGGGCCUGGAUUUCGUGGCGGCAAAUGAUCAUCCAGAAAGCAGCAGCCUAAGCCAAUGGAGGAUUCAGCAGCAUUUUCCGACCGCCUUCCCGCGACCCGAUAAUUUGGCCCUCGUGGAGCCACAGUUGUUGCUACCUUUUGAUGGGGAAGGACUGGUAGAACAGCAGUAUCUUACUACGGCAGCCGCGGCAGCAACGCAACUGAGAAACAAGCCACCAAGCCACCUCGGUAAUGGCGGUACCCCAGUUAAGAUGGAAGAUAAUCAGCCACAGAAUCUCACAUAUUGGGGUGGAAACGCAUGGGGUGAUCUCUCCAGUUUUCCCUCAACCACGAGCUCGCUCUUGUGAUGAUAACCUGACGGGUAAAAUUUGAAUUUACUGAAUUAUAGAAAGUAACACUCGAAGUUUUCCUCUGAAAAUUCCAUUCAAUGGUGUAGGUUUUAGCAGUGGGGAUUAUGUUUCAGGUCACAAUGUUGUUGAAACUAAGAAACUUGUGGUACUUCAAUUCCUUUUAUUGUUGGGAGUGUAGAGUAGAAAUGCUUCUUUUUUCUCUUUUUUUGGUGGGGGAGAAAGA